GUCGGUCAACCAGUUGCUCCUCAACUGGACGACGCCAGCUCACUUUUGGGAGGCGCGAAUGUCAAAAGACGACUGAAAACCAUUUGGAGCUCACAACUCGAAACAUUUCGGCCCCUCAACUAAAAACUUUCCAAAACACAAAGGAACUUUCUCCUGUUGGCUUUGAGCUGGCAGCAUGGCGACCAAGUGACUUUGUGGUGUGCCUCACAACUCGCAGGUUCAGCAUGUUGGCAUGUUGGCAUGUUGGCCUGCGCCUUGCACGUGCCCAAAACACGCUAGUUAGCAUGUUAGCUUUACUCCAGAUUUCAAAUUGUCCAAAGGGGAAAUUUGGGAACGCUUGUUUGCGUUGUUUGUCAGCUGAGCCUCAUGAGGAUAAGCGCCAACGAUUCUCGAACUGGGGGGUCCUGGGGGCCCCCUGGGCGUCGCGUGGGGGUCUUACAUUUGAUGUUGUUCUUUUGAAGCGCAAACUUCCAAACGGGGACAAACAUAGCAAACCAAUGACAAUGAUGAUUUUUUUUUUGCUUGUUUUUUUUUUAUGUAUUUAUUUUUCCUCCCCAUAACGAAAGCCACAUUACAGUAACAGAAGCCCUUUUUCCCUGAUAAUUAAAAAAAACAAUACUGUAUCCCUAUUUUGUGGGAGAACUAAAUGGUUUUUUUUCCCUCCAGAGUAGUCUUAUUAUUUUAGAGCAGGAAAGAUGUGGUUUUCAAGAAUACAAUUCUAUUUUUAGAGUCCCCCUAAGUUUGAGAAUCCUUGCUUUAGAAAAGCAAUCUGUUGUUGGCGAGACAUGCGGGUGCCCUUGAGCAAGGCUCAAAAUGCAUGCGGCGCUUUGUGUGUCGUGUUUUGCGGUGAAGAAAAGAUGCGGCGGCGCUGACGAGAUGGAGGGCGGCGACAAGGAGCGGCGCGGGCAACGGGGACGUGACGAGGACAGGGACCGGGAGGACCCGGCGCCGUCCCGGCCGGAGGGCUGCGAUCGCUACGAGCCGGGCCUUCCCAUCAUGCACUGGGAGGCGCUGAGCCUUCGCAUCGCCGAGCUGGAGAAGCAAGAGGAGGAGAAGAAGGAUAAACUGGCGAAGAGUGCGUCGGCGUCUCUGGAGCGCGGGCGAGCGCCCGUCGGCUGCGCGGGCGAGCGAGCGGGCGGGAGGCACGAGAGUCGGGAGGACGGACGCCGACGCCAUCGCUACCAGCGGGACCGCGAUGACGACGAACACGAACACGAGCACGUGACGGCCCUCGGCUCACGGAUGCAGACACAGAUGAACCUUCAGCUCUGCUUCAUCAACAACAGCGAGAGUGACGACGAAGAGCAAGAAGAUGACGAAGAGGAGGAAGAGCGAGACGCCGGCGCCGCCGCCCGGAGGGUAGGCGUGGUCACGGGUCACGAGACGACCGCGCCGGCGGACAAGUCUGAGAAAAACAAGUCGAGAGGCUUCCGGAACACUUGGAGGAAACUACGUGAGCGCCUGCGGGCAGACCACAAGGCGGCGAGUCCCACCGGGUCGCGCCCGCCGGUCCACGCCGGACGAUUGGAGCGCAGCGACGUGCGCAAGUUGAGCCCGGGCGAGCUCCGAGCUCGACGUUCCUUCCUCACGCAGACCGUGCAAGAGCUCAGCUCGGAUCUGGUGGCCGGGCUGCAGGUCCGAGACCGGCUGAGGACGGAGCAGGACGCCAUGUUGCUGGAGCUUCAGGACCUCACCUCGCCGGGGAGCCCGCUCGGCAUCGCGAUCGGGACGACCCGACGAGUCCGACCGUCCUCGGACGGGAACGACGGACGGGACUGACUUUUGCAAUUUCAACACGUUUGUGUCUUUCGCACCUGAAGAGGGAAUUUUCAACAAGCUUUUUAUACUCACAAGUACGAUCGCGUUUGUCUUAAUAAUGCGGUGGAUGUUUGCCAUCCAGAGACGUUAGCGUAGCGUAGCGCGAGCGCUAAGGCUCGGAGGCAACGAUGAAAAAUGUGAGCGAGCGUCAACGUGGUCCGCUCGUUCAAAUCCGUUUACGUGUACUCGACUCUUUUGUCGUCUUCUCCCAACAAAACAUUUGCACCUUUCGAAUCCAGUUGGAAUUUGUUUGGCUGAACGCAAAGGUCAACGUCAAGGCACUGACCGGCGACCCGUCCGCCUCGGAUGGAGUCCCGCUCUGAAAACGGGUUAGUUAGUUGCUUUGCUCUGACUUUCGGUGAGAUGGAAACGUUCUGAUUCGUGAGGGGCUCGGGCGCUGUCGAAGUCAUUUGAGUUCAAGGGUCACAUUUGCCCCGAUACGAGCUUCACAUUCGGGCCUUAAGAAGCUAUGAAUAACAACAAUUACAAAUUGUGUCCAUUGUUUCGCUGCGAGUAAUUACAAGUACAUUUAUCGACGAUUAUCUUGUUGCAAAUCAUUCCAACGAUAUUAUGGAGCGAGUUUUCAGUUUGUAGAUGUGCAACUUACGGAUCAAAGCGCAUCUGUAUCGUGUAUGUACUUUUUGUAAAACGGAAGACGAAGAAAUGGUUUGAAAUUGAAAUAAAUUUCCGCCUCCA